AUGGAAAAAUACAUUGUAUACGACAAUGGACUCACAAAGGCGGACCGGCUGGUCCUAAAGGCUCUCGCUGUAGACAUCGAAGCUCGCAACCAGGGAGACCAAAACAGGACUGAUCGGCAGAGCACCCAGGAUGCAAAGCAGGAGGAGGAUCAUGUGCAAAGCUUGAGCGACGAGGACGAGAGGACGCUAUCGUACCUCAAUGCUCUCAAUGAUCCGUCCAGUUCGGAUUUCCAGCCCACCGUCUUCCAGGGUACUGAUUACGAUGGCAUUGACUGGAAGAGGCCGUUCAACCAAUACGUGCUCAAGCACUACAUCCAAGCCGCCAGGUCCAUUGUGAGGGUCGAGACGGACGUGGUGAUGCUGACGCAUCUGCUGCUGUACUUUACCACCUCGGUCCCAAGUGCCGCCUACCUCUUCUUUGGGUCCUUUACCUGGAUCCAUGGAGUCUUGCACUCGCUGAUGCAGCUGUCCUACAUGGGCGCCUACACGCUGAUGAUGCACCAGCACAUUCAUAUGCGCGGUGUUCUGCACAAGCGUCUCGGCUUCUUCGACCACACGUUCCCCUACCUGCUCGACCCUCUGAUGGGACACACGUGGAACUCGUACUUUUACCACCACGUCAAGCACCACCACGUCGAGGGCAAUGGACCCGGAGACCUGUCCUCGACCAUGAGCUACCAGCGGGACAGCUUCUUGCACUUUCUGCACUACGUCGGUCGUUUCAUUGUGUUGGUCUGGGCCGAGCUGCCGCUCUACUUUGUCUCGAGGAAGAGACACACCCUGGCCGUCAAGACCCUCUUUUGGGAGCUGAGCAGCUACGGACUGCUGUACUCGGCCUUCAAGUACAACCGACAAGCCGCCAUCUGCGUCCUCCUGAUUCCCUUUGUUCUCAUGCGCCUGGGCAUGAUGGUGGGCAACUGGGGCCAGCACGCGUUUGUCGACAAUGAGGAGCCAGACUCUGAUUAUCGAUCGAGCAUUACGCUCAUCGACGUUCCUAGCAACCGUUACUCUUUCAACGAUGGCUACCACACUUCUCACCACUUGAACCCAAUGAGACACUGGAGAGAACACCCCAACUCCUUCCUCAAGCAAAGACACGUGUAUGCGUCGCAAAAUGCGCUGGUCUUUCACAACAUUGACUACAUCUUCAUUACAAUCAAGCUUUUGACCAAGGACUAUGAGCACCUGGCCAAGUGCCUCGUGCCUAUUGGUGAGGAGCAGCUGGCCUGGACCAUGGAGGAACGGAUUGAGCACCUGAGGAGCCGCACGCGUCAGUUCACACCAGAGGAGAUGAAGCUCAAGUAUAACUAA